CUGACCGAGUACAUCAUGAGCAGAAAAGUGGUCAUGGGGCUCAGUGAUCGCAACAUGAAAGCUGAGGUGUUACGGUGCUUCCCUCGCCUGACGUCCGUGCCAUGGGAACCAGGAGUCAAAAAAAAAAAAAAAAAAAAAAAAAACAGGAGUAGGUGUGGACCUCGCUCUCUGUCACGGCGUGCCUUGUACUCCCUCGCUCAACAAAUAAACGCAACCAAGAUUCUGGUGUCCCUGCUACCUUUCACACCCCAACAGUAUAUGAGAACCAAAUCUAGGACGUCGGGAAGAGACUCAGUUAUCAUACUGUUCCGUGCGAGAGAAGUCAGAAGGGAAGUGAAGAUGGAUGGAUGCAAUAACAACCAUGUCAAUACACCUGCUCACAGGAAGGUGACAGCUGUCAUAAUUGGUGCAGGUAACAGGGGAAAGAAUUAUGCUGGAUAUGCUGAACAGUUUCCUGACCUGAUGCAAGUGGUGGCUGUAGCUGAACCUAGAGAAUAUGCUCGCUCCUUAAUCCAGAAACGGCAUUCUUUACCACAGGAACGUUGUUAUCCAGGAUGGGAGUCUCUUGAAACAGUAGAAAAACUUGCUGAUUGUGCCAUCAUUGCUACUCAAGACCAACAUCAUGUGCAGCCAGCAGUUGCUUUUGCUAAAAAAGGGUACCAUAUUUUGCUGGAAAAACCAAUGGCAGUGACAGAAGAAGAUUGCCGCUCCAUAUAUAAAGCUUGCAGAGAUGCAGGUGUUAUUCUGGCUGUUUGUCAUGUUCUGAGAUAUCAUCCACCUGCAAAGAAACUGAAAGAUUUGAUUAACUCAGGCAUUAUUGGUGAAGUUGUUAACAUAAACCACACAGAACCAGUUGGAUUUUGGCACUUCGCUCAUUCUUUUGUUCGAGGUAAUUGGAGAAAUACAAAGAAGAGCACUUUUUCAUUGAUGGCAAAAUGUUGUCAUGAUGUUGAUCUCAUUGCUUACUGGAUGGGCAAUAAAGAGUGUGUCAAGAUCUCAUCAUUUGGAUCAUUGCAUCAUUUCAGAAAGGAAAAGAAACCUGUAGGUGCUGGAACCCGUUGUCUUCAGUGUCAAGUGGAGGCUGGAUGUCCAUAUUCAGCCAAGAAAAUCUACCUAGACCCGGCUCCUGAUAGACCUCGCUGGCCCAUGAGUGUUGUUUGUGACAUUGAAGAUGCUCCUGAGGGAUACCUGCACAAAUUGAAAGAAGCUGUUGAAAAUGGCCCAUAUGGAAAGUGUGUGUAUGAAACUGAUAAUGAUGUCUGUGACAAUCAGGUGGUAAACUUUGAAUUCGUAGAUGGAGCCACAGCAUCUCUCACCAUGGUGGCUUUCAGUGAACACAUCUGCCAAAGGAAGACUGAGGUUUAUGGUACAAUGGGUCAGCUGGUCUGGGAUGAAUCAAAAGGCCUUAAAGUUACACAUUUUGACUUUGCAACCAAGACCUUGAAAGUCCAUCAUUGUGAAGAGAAUGAAGAAGCAACUGGCUGGGGUCAUGGUGGAGCAGACUUUUUCAUGAUGAAGGCAUUUGUUGAAGCUGUUGCCCAUGAUGACAGUCAUUGUAUUGUCACAGGCCCAAAAGUGUCCUUACAAACACAUCUGUUAGCAUUUGCUGCUGAAGAAGCAAGGCUUACAGGCUCUGUAGUGAAGCCUAAUGAGGAUCCACGUUGGAAGGUAUAAGACAUAGGACCAGCAUGUAUGUGUAUCAUUUUCACACCACUCAUCUGGAAAUGUUUUGGUUUGUAUCAGUGAAAAUAGAUUAUGAUUGUUUGAUUAGGGAAAAAAAAAAAUUUUCAUGUAUGCAGACUAACAGAGAAUGAAGAAAGGGCAGAGGAUGGUAGUUAGAUGAAUAAGUAAUAAUAGGUCAGAUUUUGGGAAUAAGGAAUGGGCACCUACAUUGAAGCAUCUUGAUGCCAGUUGUCAAUCUCUGAAUCCUGUAAGCUGUACCUACUCACUGAAGUUUCAGUUUUCAUAUAAAAUUCCUUUUCAUAUCUCAGGUAUUCUAAAUGUAAAUUCCAUUAUGUUCUUGGCCAGUAUAGAAAGGUGUGUUAGUGCUGUAAUCUUGUAGUGGGCAACAAUCCACUGCUUACAUAAUCUAUAGAAGAAUGAAAAUGUUUUUGGUGCAUUAAGUAAGAAAGAUUAUAACCAUAAUUUAAAGUAUGAAUGAAUGAGUGGAUUAAGAAUGAACAGAUGAAUAGAAUAGUAAAUAAGUAUGUAAAUAAGUGCUUGGCAAUAUAAGCAGAUAGAAAACAUUUCCUAUGUGUUAAUUUCAGUUGUAGUAUUACCUUGGCUACCUCUUUUCAAGAGGAUGUCAACCUGAUAUCUAUAUUAUCAAUAUAAUAUCAAUAAUAAUCAAUAUAAUAUCAAUAAUAAUAACCUAAUAUCUAUAUAUUAGUGUUUCUUCCUACUACUACUACUACUACUACUACUACUACUACUACUACUACUACUACUACUACUACUACUACUACUACUACUACUACUACUACUACUACUACUACAGUACUACUGCUACUGCCACUACUACUACAAACAUCACCACCACCAUCACCACUGUUGCUGCUGCUUUCUAAAAGGAUAUUUUGGAGUAACUUGUUGAUAAGUUUGGAAGGAUGUGGGAAAAGAGGAAGUGGAGAGUGAAUGAGAAUAGGAGUAAGUAUGUACUUAAGUGUAUGUGAAUGGCAGACAGUAGGAAUCUGAGUCAAGUUUUAUAUAGUAACUUUCUUGAAGAAGAUUCAAGUAUGUACUAUAGGUUCACGUGUGUAACCUGCAGCUUCCAUUAGGGCAAACAAUUAACUUAUAUUACCAACAAUUGUUUAUCAGUUUAAUUCUGUAAAGGUAACAGUUCCUACAGGUAAGAUGUGGCAUUAUUUUGAAAAGAAUUUAAUUUAAUAAUUUAUUGUUGCAGUAAAACUAAAAAAAAAACUAUAAUAAGUAUGGCAUGUAUACCAUAUUAAAUUUUGUUUAUUCCAUUUCGUUUGUAAUCUUGCUACUACUUUUUUUUGUGUGUUGUGUGUGUAUUCUUUGUAGUUACUCUUAGUUUGUACCCUUUGGGUUACAAGCGUUUAUAUAUUAUAUCAGUUAUAUUAGGACUACUUUUAGAUUUUAUUGUUUUUUAUUUUGUUUCUUGUUGAUUAAAAUAUUUUUGUAUUA